AUGACUGAGUCAGGUGAAAUACCCAAAGCGAUAAGCAAUCUCAUUGAGUUGGAGGAACUUGUUCUUUCUGAUAAUAGUCUUAGUGGUUCACUUGAUACGGAGAUCAUCAACAUAUUAGGGCUGAGAAUAAUUGAUCUUUCAUCCAAUAAUCUAUCAGGAAGCCUCCCACCAAACUUAGGUUCUAUAUUACCCAACAUUGAAAGACUUUUCUGGCAUGCUUCCUGCCUCCACAGGGAACUUUCCACAUCUCUUAGAACACUUUUCGCCCUCAGUUGUAAAAUCCAAGUGCGAAUUCCAGAUGAAGUUGGGAGCUUAAGUAGCUUAUUAGACCUUAGAAUUUCUGGAAACAACUUGGUUGUAUCGAUUCCCAUAACAAUUGGCAACUUGAGAAAGCUUCAGCACUUCGACUUGACUAAUAACAAAUUAACAGGAUUUAUUAGAGAUCAUAUAUGUAAAUUGCAGCAUUUGGGUGAUAUUUACUUGGGUAAAAAUAAACUUUCAGGAUCUCUUCCUAAUUGUUUAGGGAAUAUUACUUCCCUUAGGGAGAUACAUCUUGGUUCCAAUAAAUUGAGUUCCAAUAUACCACCAAGCAUAGGGAACCUUCAAGAUCUAGUGGUUCUUGACUUAUCGCCAAACAACAUGGUAGGUUCUUUACCUCCAGAAAUUGGAAAUCUAAAGGCUGUGACAUUGAUAGAUCUGUCAAUGAAUCAAUUCUCAAAAGAAAUUCCGAGAGAAAUUGGAGGAUUACAAAAUCUGGUGCACCUUUCUUUGACACACAAAAAGUUGCAAGGAUCUAUACCUGACUCAAUGAGCAACGUGGCAGGUUUGGAAUUCCUAGACCUUUCUGAUAACAAUAUGUCAGGAACUAUUCCCAUAUCUUUGGAGAAACUCCAAAACCUGAAGUAUUUCAAUGUUUCUGUCAACAAGUUGUACGGUGAAAUACCCUCGGGGGGUCCUUUCAAGAACCUCUCGAGUGACUUUUUUCUCGACAAUGAAGCAUUGUGUGGUUCUUCAAGAUUUAAUGUCCCACCAUGCCCCGCUUCAUCAAAGCUCAGAUCAAAUAGGAAAAAGUUGAUACUUUCAUUUCUUUUUCUCGCAAUUGCAGUUGUAUUUGUUCCUAUGACCUUUGUGCUCCUAUGGAUAAGGUAUAGAAGAGAUAAAAGUGUUCCUCAGCAAGCUGACUUAUUGUCUACCAUAUCAAGAGAAAGGAUUUCAUACUAUGAACUUCUCCAAGCCACUAAUGCGCUUAGCGAGAGUAAUCUAAUUAGUUCUGGAGGUUUUGGCUCGAUUUACAAAGGCAUUCUCAGAGGUGGAACGGCCAUUGCAGUUAAAGUGGUCAACCUGCAACUGGAUGCGGCAUUCAAGAGUUUUGAUACGGAAUGUGAAGUUUUGUGUAGCCUUCGCCAUAAGAAUCUCGUAAAAGUCAUUACUAGUUGUUCCAAUCUUGAUUUCAAGGCUUUAGUGCUCGAGUAUAUGCCAAAUGGAAGUCUUGAGAAGUAUUUGUAUUUGCACAAUUACAUCCUCGACAUCUGGCAGAGACUAAGCAUAAUGAUAGAUGUGGCAUGUACAUUGGAAUAUCUCCAUCAUGGGUGUUCUUCGCCUGUGAUCCACUGUGAUCUGAAGCCUUGUAUCGUCUUGCUGGAUGAGGAUAUGGUUGCCCGCCUUAGCGACUUUGGCAUUUCAAAACUGCUUGGUGAAGAUCAGGGUGAUUUGUACACUAAAACCUUAGCAACAUUGGGGUAUAUUGCGCCAGAAUAUGGACGGGAGGGACUAGUUUCAACAAAGUGUGAUGUCUACAGUUAUGGGGUCAUGUUGCUGGAAACGUUUACCAGGAGAAAUCCUAAUGAGUUUGAUGGAGAUCUUAGAUUGAAGCAAUGGGUGAGUUAUUCACUUCCUGGAGCAGUAAUGGACAUCGUAGAUGCCAACUUGGUAACCCAAAGGGGUAGUCGACUUACAGAUGGAGCUAGAUGUUGUGGCAUCAAUAAUAAAGGCGGCAUUAGAUUGUUGUGCUGA